AUGUUAAAAGUGCUGCAGAAUUUUUGUAGUGACACAAAUCUUCAUGGCUUUAAAUAUAUCAUCCAGCCAUUACGUAACAAAGUUGAAAGAAUUUUCUGGUCUGUUUCAAUUUUUAUAUCCUUCAUCGUGACUUUGAUCCUAAUCAUCAAGUUCAUAAUUGAAAGUCAAGCAAAUCCGAUAAUAAUAUUCAUAGAUCAAAAUGUUAUAAAUGUUCAGGAUUUGGAUUUUCCAGCAGUUUCGAUAUGUCCAGGUCUAAUUUAUAGAAUCAAAACUAAUGUUACAAUCAAUUAUGACUUAAUGAAAUGGAAGCUAAGAUUUAAAAAUUUUGGAAUUCAAAAUUUAACAUCCAAUGAGCUUAAAUUGAUGCAAAUCACAAGUUUAGUUGCUGAUGAUCAGUUUAUGUCAAGAAAUUUCCCAAAUCUAUCAAUUCCAACUGAUGAUUUUAUUGAAAAGCUUGAAGAUUUUCUGGACAUCUUUGGGCUACCAUUUUAUAAAACAUCUGUGGUUCCGUAUAAUUUUGUUGCUAAUUGGACGGAAAGGUAUCCCGUGUUUAUGACUAGAACUUUAUGGAAAACUGGACAUUGUCAAACUUUUAAUUUUCCAAGUUCGUCGCGAAUCUUUAAUAUGGAAAGAAUAUCCGAAGAUUUCAACUUCAUGAGCGAAAAAAUGCUCGGAACAAGUUUUUUCAGGAACGAUGUCUACAACUUAAGACUCCCAUAUCCAGUCAAGGCACAUCCACCAGGCAGAGGACUUUUUAUAGGAUUUAAUCUUGACAGAUUUGAAGAUGGAAUUCAAUUCUUUAACGUCCUUGAGUAUGUUGUGCCUAAAAGAGAUUACAAUGGCAUUAAAAUAUAUGUUCAUGGACCUUAUGAAGUUAUUUCGGAACACUCAAUAGUUCGGCAUGCAAAAGAGAAAUCCUUCAUUAAAUUUUCGAUUAUUCCGAAAGUCUCAAAAAUCGAUGAUUCUAUGAAGAAUGUCAAACUUCAAGACCGACAAUGUUACAUGAAAAAUGAGCGACAAUUGAAAUAUUUUAUUGGAUACAGCAAAAUCAAUUGUGAGCAUGAAUGCCUGGCUAAUUUAACAUUAGCAAACUGUGGAUGUGUUCGAUUUUACAUGGUUAGGAACAAGCAGACUAGAAUAUGUGGCAUUAUUGAUGAGAACUGCUUUCUCAACGUAGAAAUUAAGUUUCGGACUUCAAAGAGUUUUUGUGGAUGUUAUGAUUCAUGUGAAGCAGUCAAGUAUGAUGUUCAGACUGUGUACGAUACACAUAAGAAAAACAAUUACUGGCUACCAGGCAAAUUUGUACAAAAUAUUGAAAUCAAAAUAGAAUUUGGUGUAAAUGAGGUGCUUGCAAUAAGCAGAAAGAAAGUUCAUACAAUUGUUGACAUGCUGUCGCUUGUUGGAGGAUUUUUUGGACUUUUUGCUGGAUUCUCUUUUUUAUCUGUUGGCGAAAUUAUCAAACAUUUCAUCAUUUAUCCAGUGAUCAGAUUAAGAACAAGAAGAUCCACAAAAGUUCAACCAAUGUCUACAAUCCAUAGUUUCAAUCACAUUGCAAAAUCUAGCAAAAAUAGGUUUGAACAGUUGGUUUGGGCAGUUUUGUUUGUCAUAUCUAUGUCCUUUGUCUGCAUAUUAGUUCGAGAAGUAGAUCUUAAACGUAGAUCAAGUGAAAUUGUGAUGAAUUUAGAAGGAAUACCAACAAAAGUUGAAGACAUUCCUUUUCCAGCCUUUACUUUAGUUGAAAACAUUAAUGAUGAUGUGAAAAGGCGUGAUUCUCAAUAUUUUACAAACAGAAAAGAAGGAUCAGCCAAACAUAUUGUUAGAAUCAAAAGACUAGUUAUCGAUGACAAUCCUACGAUUGACAAACAAGUCUUUUAUACACUUUGCGGGAAAGUCUUGUCAGGCAUUGUUGCAGCAUUUCCAUUCAACUACACAUCAAACUCAGAGUUUGUGGAUUUUUUACGAGACUAUACUCAUCAAGAGCCACCUUGGUUUGUUUAUAAAAAUGCUAAAUGGAAUGCAGCUGUUCAGCCACCAUUUGCUGAAAUUUUAACAGGCAUUGGAAUGGGCCACACCUUCAAUUUGAUAGAAAAGUCUAAAUUGUUAUAUGAAAACAGAAUUUCUAAAGAUUUUUUGUACAAUUAUGACACAAAUAAUAGCAUUGAUUAUCCUUGGAAAACAUCUGCAGACAAUAACAAAGGCUUCAACAUACAAUUCAGAACAAACAUUGUGUUUAUUGGAUGCUAUAAUCAUGAUUCAUUUAUUAUUCAUCCACCAAAUGAGCUACCGAUUAGUGCUGAAGUCAUAAGAAUUGAAGAUUGGGCUGAAACUGAAGUAUUAAUCACUCCAACAAUAAUCAAAACUGAUGAAGGCAUGAAAGCAUUUGAUGUUGAUACGAGGAAAUGCUAUUUUGAUGAUGAGAGGCAGUUGAAGUACUUUAAAAUUUACACACAGAAAAAUUGUGAACUGGAAUGUUUAGCUGAAAUUAUCUUUAUGAAAUGCGGUUGCGUACCAUUCAAUUCAAUUAGAAACAGUUCGACAAAAGUUUGCAAUUAUGUUACUUUUGACAUUUGUGCUGCAUUUCUUCAAGGCUUUUCAGAUUUUCAAGAAUACGACUAUUUUUAUGAAAUGCAUGGACUUUGUCGUUGCUUGCCGUUGUGCAACUAUGUGACAUAUUCAUACGAAGCAUUUACAAAAGAAUUUAAUGCAAUAGAAAACAUAUCAAUAUCAAUAAGAUGGAAAGACACUGAGUAUUAUGCAUUAAUUAGUUCUGAUUUGAAAUUUUACAGUAAAAUGAAAAAAGUGCAGCAGGAUUUUUUAAUCUACACCGAACAGAAUGUGAUAAAUGUAGAAGAUAUCAACUUUCCAGCAGUUUCUGUAUGUCCUGAUGUAAUUUUAAAAGCUGGACGAAAAAAUACUUUAGACUACGAAGAAAUAAAGAUGAAGCUUAAUAAUCAAACGAUGGAAAUUGACAAACUCACAGACAAUGAGUUAAAGAUGAUUCAAAUUGCAAGCUUAAUUGCCAACGAUCGUUUUAUGUCUUCAAACUUUCCAAAUUUGCCAAUUCCAACUGAUGAUUUUGUUGAAAAGCUUGGCAAAUUUGAGGAAUUAUUUGAUGAACCUCCAUUUAAAAAAAUGUUGGUUCCAUAUAAUUUUGUUGCGAACUGGACUUACAAGUAUCCAGUUUUUAUGACACAAAAUUUAUGGAAGAAAGGAUUUUGUCAUACAUUCAAUUUUCCAAAUUCUUCUGAAAUUUUCAGGAUCGAUGAAAUCUAUCAAGACUUUAACUACACAAAAGUUCAAAUGUUGGGAUAUCCAGUGAAAGCACAUCCACCAGACAAAGGACUUUAUAUCGGUUUCAAUGAAUCGCAGUUUCCAGAUUAUCAACCAGUUUAUAUUUUCAAUCAUGUUGUUCCAAAACGAGAAUAUGAUGGAAUUAAAAUAUACGUUCAUGAUCCAUAUGAAGUUGUAUCUGAUAAUGCAUUGGUUCGACAUGCAAAAGAAAGGUCAAGCUCUAAAUACUCUGUAGUACCGAAGGUUACAAUUGUGGAUGAUUCAAUGGCAGAAUUUGAUAUUAAUGACCGCUUAUGUUACUUGAAAAAUGAACGACAACUAGAGUUUUUCUUAACGUACAACAAAGGAAAUUGCGAACAUGAAUGCUUGGCAAAUCAAACAUUGGAAGUUUGUGGAUGUGUUCAGUUUUAUAUGAUCAGAAAUAAGGGAACUAGAAUUUGUGGCAUAAUUGAUGAAAGCUGUUUCAGAAAAGUCGAAGAUGAAUUUUCAAUGAUAAAAAGUGAAUGCAGAUGCUACGAUUUGUGUGAAAAUGUGAAAUAUGACUUGACAAUUGACUUUGCAACCACAAAGAAGAUGAAAUAUUUUAUCCCAGGAAGAUUAGUUCACAAUAUUGAAGUAAAAAUAGAAUUUGGAGUGAAGGAAAUUUUGGCAACAAGCAAAAAGAAAGGACACACAAUAGUCGACAUGCUUUCACUUAUUGGAGGAUUUUUCAAACUUUUUGCUGGAUUCUCUUUUCUUUCAGCUGGUGAAAUCAUCAAAUAUCUAGUAUUUGUACCAUUUUCAAUGUUAAAGACAAAGCAAUCCACAAGAGUCACACAAUUAAAGCAUAAGAUUGAAAAAGUAAAGCAUUUGAGGAGUCUUUGUAAAACAUCUUCAGUUUCUUUAGUCACAUUGGAAACUCCAAAAGAAGUCAUAUUGAGAGAAGUAUUUGGUCAAUUCUGUUCUCAACUUCAAUGGUAA